UAAUCGGAUUAUGGAGGCAGAGUUUUGUAGCGCACGCGUCUAUUUCUCCUCUUAUCUUCUGCUGGAAUAUCCCGCGUUUCCACUCUCAAGGCUGCUUUUUUGGGAACAUCACAAUAUCUGAAAAGUUUUUCCAGUGAAGAAAUUGCGACAUUCUGAAGAUUGUUUCACAUUUCAUGGAACUGCAAAUAUUUAUUAUUUGGAAUUUUCGGUUUCCACAUGAGUUUGUGAUCGUGUCCGGGUGUUGCUGAGGAACACUACAUUGACAUUUCGCGUUAUAGAGACAUGAAGUUAUUGAAUGAGCUGAUAAAACUACGGUAAGGUAUCAUUAUAUGGACAAUAACUGCAUUUAUAAUCUAUAUGAGUGGGGCAAAAUGACGACGCAGGUAUUUAAAAGAAGAUUUGAACCUCAGUUUGGAGAUUAAACGUUUUAUUUUUUUAAUAGCAUUUUUGCUAAUUUGGUAUCUAUGACUUUAACGUACCUAAAUGCAGCCGAAGGAGACCAGGAGGUGUUUGAUCCGCAUGAUUUGAGGAUUUUAUCCUAUAGGGGUUAAAUGGUUCUGAUAACGGACAGCAGGGAUGGCGGAGGAUCAUCUCCAGGAAAAGUCAAACCACUUAAACAUGUUAAGAGCGCCCAGAACUGUCCCACUAUCGUGGAGGAAUCACCUGAUCGCGCGGGGGAUGACGAUUAUGAUGAAUAUCUCGGCACGUGCGAGGUGGAUGAGGAUAUCGAUGACUUGGAUGACUUCUCAGAACUGCCGGAUACCAGGAGUAUCGUCUCAGACGACUCCUUUUAUCCACCGGACGAUGACUUUGCUGACUCCGAGAGAACACCUUCCCCGGAGAGUCCAGCACCGCUGACCUUUUUUCAAGCGUGUUGCAAAAACAACGCGCUCAUAGUGAAACUCAUGAUUAGACAAGGUGUUACGGAGGAGGACGUUCAGGAGACGGACAGAAACAAAAGAACUGGACUAAUAGUGGCAUGCUACCAAGGGUACGUGGAUGUUGUGAUUGCUCUUUCCCAGUGUCCUCACCUGGAUGUGAACUGGCAGGACAACGAGGGCAAUACAGCCCUCACUACAGCUGCCCAGGCAGGUCACAUCACAAUCUCUAACUACCUACUCAACUACUUUCCUGGGCUUGACAUCGAGAAGAGGAACUGCCAUGGUUUCACCGCUCUGAUGAAAGCUGCUAUGCAGGGUCGAGUGGAAUGUGUCAGAGCCCUGAUGCUGGCAGGGGCUGAUCUGAACGCCAGGGACAAUGGGAGGAAGUUCACUGCGCGAGAGUGGGCCAUCUUCACAAGCCGCUAUGAGACCGCCUUUGCCAUGACGCGGCUGAUGCAGCAGCCGUGUGCGGAUCAGUUCUGUGACACCUAUCGGCUUGAGUGGCCCCUUCUGCCCGUGCUGGUGGCCAAAGCCCAGACGCCCAAAGGCUGCAUUCAGAAGAUGUCAGAGACAAUACGUGACUUCUUUGACAUCAGUAACGUCACAGAGGCUUCAGAGGACGGGGUUCUAGAUCACAUGGUGCGCAUGACAACAGCACUGGGGAGUCCGUUCAUCGCAACAGCAUGUCGAACGGUGUGUCCCGAAAGCCCGCCCUGUGUGGGAAAACGGCGUUACUCUGUACAGGAGAUACUAAAGAAACAACGCAUCGCGCGGCUGAAAGGUCUGGGACCCGAGCGCCUCGAGAACUACAAACGUCUUUUCCAGAACUCCCGGGUCCUGCUGGUGCCCAAACCGAAAGAUCGCCGUGCGAGUCUGCAGCCCCAGGCCCAAUCAGAUGAUUCUUCUUCCUCCUCUGUGGCCAUCCGCAGGACCAGUCUGCUCCCUUUACACCUGCUGAGGAGGAGCAGCGUUAGGCCAGGUAUGGUGGUGCCCAAGCUCAGGAUUACCAAGGCACCUACGCCAACCUACGUGCCGGAGAAAGCGCGUCGGAAAAGCAGCUGUAAAGAGGAACAGUUCCUUCAGAUCCCCAAAUGGAGAUAUAAAGAGCUUAAAGAGGAGCGAAAGAAAGCAGAGGAGGCGGAAAGGAAAAGACUGGAGGCCAUAACGAAGAGACAGCUCUCUACAGGCAAAAGGAAAUAAGUGUGUGCAAACAUACUACUCAACAUUUGAUACUUGAAAUGCAAUUUUGAUAUCGGAUGGAAAUGUAUUUUACUAUUUAUUGUUUUUUGUCUAAAAGACUACUUCAUUUUUGUAAUGUUAAAUGCUUCUAAACUCAUUUUUACCCUCUUUAAAAUGGGGGUAAAGUGAUUGAUUUAAAGUGAACAGCUCCUUUAAUCUCUAUGCAGGAGCAACAGGAAGCUAGCCAAUCAGAUCAGCUAUUAUGGGUACACUACUAAACAAGAUGCUAUUGUAUGUUUACAUCCUUAAAAUAGGAUUAUUUGACUUUUAGAGUUGUCCAAAUGCUAGCUAGCAUGGUCUCAGAUUUAACAAUAUUUAAUCAUCAUGAAUGUAUUUAACGAACAUACAUUUUCAAUACCUCAUUUUUAAACAUUAUAAAUAUUUUGGCAGUAGCCAUACCUGUAUUUGCACACAUUUCAGAGACAAAUGCUACAGACAAUCACCAGCAAGUAAUGAAAGACGAAGUAGUGUAGUAUCAUGGAUCAGCAUCUUGUUUGAUAUUUUCUAUAGAUGUAUUUUACUACUAAUUAUUUAUACUACCAAAGCACUCUAAGUUCAAGUUCUUUAAUGACUAUGUUAUGAAAC